AGAGGACAGAAGCAGGUCUGUUCAGCCAGGUGAGAUGCAGUCGCAGGAUGGUGUGUGACAGGUAAACAGGUGCUGGCGGACAAGGCUACAGGUCCACGAGAUGUCUCUUGGCUCCUAACCUGCAGAUCUGUACACGCUCCAUUCAGAGAUUACCUGCCCAUCGCUCACAUAGAACAUGUCCACAGCCGACCCUCCAGAAGAUGACCCUUUUGAUUUUCUAUUUAAAAUAAUUCUAAUUGGGGACUCCAAUGUGGGGAAAACCUGCGUGGUGCACCGCUUCCAGUCUGGGGUCUUCAGCGACAAGCAUCAGAACACCAUCGGGGUGGAUUUUACCGUGAGGUCCAUGAAUAUUGAUGGCAAAAAAGUAAAGGUACAAGUUUGGGACACGGCCGGCCAGGAGAGGUUCCGUACCAUCACACAGAGUUACUACCGCAGUGCGCAUGGAGCCAUCAUAGCCUAUGACAUCACACGCCGCCAUACGUUUGAGUCCGUCCCUCACUGGAUCCACGAAGUGGAAAAAUACGGAGCAGCCAACUUGAUGUUGAUGCUAAUUGGUAACAAGUCAGACCUGGUUGAGAAGCGUCAGAUCCUGUUUGAAGAGGCCUGCACGCUCGCAGAGAAGCAUGGCCUGUUGGCGGUCUUAGAAACCUCAGCUAAAGAGUCCUGCAACAUCGAUGAAGUUUUCCUCCUGAUGGCUAAAGAACUCAUUGCUCGGAACACCCUCCACUUCCACAAGGACGUUCCUCGAACCAGCUUUGUCCUGGACUCUCAGCCCAUUGUGGUGGCAAAGGAGCCGGAUAAAAACUGUAUGUGUGGAUAGUUGGGGGCAUUUGGGCAAUGCUGGCCCCCAGCCAUUAUUUGAUGAGUCAUGUUUACCUUUCUGAAUGAUGCCAAUGGCUCUUCUCACAACUUGGGCAUGUAUCUAUCAACCACAGGAAGCCCUUCCAAAUGUUCAGAAAAAGCGGUCCUUCUCCGCUACUGGGUUAGACUUUAGGAGUAUAGCUUAGCUAUGCACGAACAACAACUCCUGCAAUGAUCACAAGAUCCUGGUAAAUGUAGUUCCCCAACAGCUUGUACUCUAAAAGGUGCUUAUUGAGAUUAUCUAAAAGAAAAUGUAACCUAAAUUGUUUAUGUUUCCAAAUAUCAAUGGAUAGUUUUAUAAAAAAAAUAAUAAUAAUGA